AUGACAACAUCGAAACAAUCACUAAAUGAACAAGUUGAGAAAACUUUCAAAUUACGAUGUCCAAGUUCAAACUACAUUGGAUAUAUUAUAGACUUAGAUCAAGCCAUAUUUUAUAUUCUGAAGCUAUGUAUGUCAUUAGGGAAAAAAUUACCCAAGAAAAUAUUUUUUAAAAUUGGGGUAGAUGGUAGAGAAAUUAAUGGAGUUAAACAAGUUGCAGUUGCAUUGGUUCCACUCAAUUUAAGAGAUGUAUUUCCAUCGCAGGCUGUUUAUUCUGUGUUUUAUAUUGGGUUAUUUCAGAUGAAGGAAACAAAAGAAAGUAUCAAAGAAACAAUUGGAACGCUUCACGAUGAGAUUGAGCGUGUUUUGCAAAAACAAUAUUUUGGGAAGCAUCAAGUUUGUCUUUUUUAUGUUUCAGACAUGCAUAAUGUAGGCAUGACGUUCUCAUUUGAUUUAUGUCCCUAUUGUAUGGCUCAAACUAUUGUAGAUUUUGCAUCAACUCCACGCGACUCUCUUGACGGCCAGUUACCUUUUUCUCCACCACAAACAAUACUAUGUGCUCUUCAUAUCAAACAGAGGCUAGUAGAAAAUGUUAUUGGUUAUAUGGCAUCAACAACUUACAAAUAUGAGAUUCAGAAAAAUAUACAAACAUUACAUGGAUUGGAAACAUUUAAUUGGAAAGAGUUCCACGAACGAGUAUCGAAUUAUGGAAUUUCUCAAACCUCAGCACGAUCAUCAAUCAAGUCAUGUAUGCUGUCGGGAGAUCAUUGUAACACUAUUUUACAAAAUAUUGAGAAAGUUGUUGAUAAUAUUGAACCAAGCACCAAACAAAAAUAUUUACAAAUUCUGAAAUUGUUGCGAAAUAUUAUCAUUAUUAUUGAAAUGCAUCAAGAUAACGAAAAUAAUGACAAUGUAUUGACAGCAAAUAAGAUUGUGGAAUUGGACAAACUGAUAAUGCAAUUCUUAGUUGCGUGUUUUUCAAUAUGGACUCAAGGAAUUAAAGCUCAUUAUUUCCAUUUUAUAAUUCAUGUACCCUCAAUAAUGAGCUCUCUUUUCAAAGAAAAAUUAUCACUCUCGAUUUUGAGUAAUCAGGGAUUCGAACGGUCUCAUUUAUUUCACCAUGCAGUGUUUAAUCGAAUUAUUAACAAUGGAGGAGGUCGUACUCAAAUACACCCAACCAAACAAUUGCUAUUGUGGCAAUGGCGAAAGGUAUUAGUCGCAAUUGACUUGAAGGAAAAAACAGGAGAAACAUAUUGGCAUGAAAAACGUUUAAAAAAGCUUUAUUCUUGGGAUGCAAGUCAUGUCAAACCACAAAAGGAAUUGUAUCAAUGGUAUGAUGCUUCUUUAGUGGACCCAACCAUAAUUACGGAUCGUGAUAAUUUGAACAUGAUGAUUCAAAAGAUCCAAGAAAAUGACAAGGAGAACAGGAAGAAGCAAACUUCCAAAGAUACAGACACCAAUGCCUUCGCUGGGAGAGUAACUGCAACAAUGUCACACAAGAAACGGAAAGGAUGUCCUAGCAAUGAUGAAUGA